AUGAAUACGCUAUACUUGUUAGUAUUCUUCUGUCUAGAUUUGAUAAGAAUAUCGUACGGGUCGGUGUACAUUGGAUUUCCAUUAAAUGAACAAUUGCCUAAUGUUGCCCGAGUGAACGAGCCAUACUUGUUUACCAUGGCCAACACUACUUACAAGGCCGACGGAGAGGUGAGUUAUAGUGCUUCGAACUUGCCAAAGUGGAUGUCUUUUGACGGUGGGUCGAGGACGUUCACAGGUACACCUUCAAAGAAAGAUGCUGGUGAAUUCAACAUCACAUUGACGGGUACAGACUCUGAUGACGGUUCUACGUUGUCCAAUCAGUAUUCCAUGAUCGUCUCUGAAGACGAAGGAUUACAUUUAUCGUCAGACGACGUGAUGUUCACCGAAAUCGCCAAAUACGGCUAUACAAACGGGAACGAUGGACUCGUGGUUAACGAAGGAGACGAGUUCGAUAUAAAGUUUGAUUCGGAUAUUUUUAAAUCUUCCUCGAAUUCUAGUAGACCAAUUGUGGCCUACUACGGAAGAUCUUCUGAUAGAAGUUCCUUACCUAACUGGAUUAACUUCAAUUCGGAUGAUCUUUCCUUCUCAGGAACUGUUCCGUACGUUGCCUCAGAAAAUGCCCCAUCUUUUAAGUACGGAUUUUCGUUCAUCGCAUCUGAUUACUAUGGAUUUGCAGGUGCAGAGGGCAUUUUCAAAUUGGUUGUAGGAGGCCAUCAAUUGAGUACCUCAUUAAACGAAACAAUUAAACUUAACGGUACAUUGGAAAGUGAAAUUGAAGUAGACGUGCCCAUCUUAUCAGAAGUCUACUUAGACGGGGAAGCCAUUUCCACCGCAAACAUUUCCAAUGUGUAUGCUGAGGAGUUACCUGAUUAUGUGACCUUCAAUGAAGAUAACUUCACUUUGACCGGUAACUUCCCGGAAAAGUCAACCUUCGAUAACUUUACCAUUAUAGUUGAAGAUAAGUACGGGAAUUCAGUUGAUUUGCCAUACCUGAUCGAUGCAAUCGGGUCCGUUUUCACAGUCAAAGAUUUAAAAGACGUCAACGCAACGAAAGGGGAAUAUUUCAGUUACGAACUUUUAAAGUCCUUAUUCACUGAUUAUAAUAGCACAAAGAUUUCAGUUGAUUAUGAUGCAGACUGGUUAACGUAUCAUAAAGAUAACAGAACCUUUUCUGGUAAAGCUCCUAAGGAUUUGGAUAAAGUAAAGGUUAAAGUUGCAGCUUCUUCAGAUUAUGAUAGCGAAACCAAGAGUUUCAAUAUUGAUGGUAUUUCAAAGAAGAAAAGUUCAUCAAGCUCGUCAAGAUCUUCAAGUAGUAGUUCAUCAAGUUCUGCCACUUCUGAAUCAACUACCAGUUCAUCAGGUGCAGUAUCGCAGAAUAAAUCCAGUGGUGUCGAUCGUAAGGCAUUAGCCAUUGGUCUUGGAGUAGGAAUUCCCUUGUUUUUGAUUGCACUUGCAGCACUUAUACUUCUCUUCUGCUGUCUUAAGAGAAGAAAGAAUAAGAAGGAGGACGAUUUUGAUCAAGAAAAGGCAACAGCAGGAGCUGCUACAGGUGCAGCUGCAGGAGGAGGUGCAGCAGGAAGUGGAUCACCGGAAUUAACUGGUCCUGGGUUUGGUACCACCGUUGACUUAGAUGAUCGCGAUGAAAAUGCCAAACAAUUGGCAGCCCUUAAUGUUUUGAAAUUGGAUGAAAAAGAAAAAUUAGCAUCUGAUGCCCACAGUACUUCCUCAUCGAUUACUCACGUUGAGUCAGAAUACAGUGAUGAUUCUAGAUACUUUGAUGCGUCUGAGAAGCCACUUAAGUCUUGGAGAGCUAAUGAUAAAUCAGAUAUUGCAAAGGGAGGAAUGAUAGGAGCUGCAAGUGCAGGUGCAGGAGCAGUUGCAGGACUGGCCCUAUUAUCCAAGAAUAAUGUCAGACAAUCAGAUGCUUCUAUGAGUACAGUUAACACAGAGCAAUUAUUCUCAGUUAGAUUGGUUGAUGACAAUUCCUACAGAAACUCUAAUCAGUCAUCAUAUGGUUCGGGACAAUUUUUAAGUAAUGGCUCAUUAAAUGCAUUAUUAAGAAGAGAAGAAUCUGGUAAUAUUCAAAAAUUGGAUAGUGACGGAAAUAUAGUUGGAACUGCCAAUGGUUUACUGAGAGAUGUAUCAGCACGCUCUAGAACUCCCUCUAGUGAUUUAGACAUUUUGGUUGAAGAAAACUCGAAGGACCACUCAAACGAUACAAAUAAUACACACACUGAUGCAACCAUUAUCCGUACGAAUAAUGUCUUGGGCGACGAUACUGCCAGUUUAGAUUCGCGUUUCCAAGAAUCAAGAAAUACUUCAGGUCCUACUAGCUACCAGCAAUUGGUGAAUCAAAACAACGAGCAUGGUGAUUUCGCAGAUGAAUUCAAAGCAACAAGAAAUCCAAACAGCGAAAUAAAAUGGGUGCAAUCCACGAGUACCGAUAAUUUAAUUUCCCCAGCAUCAGACACUUUCUUAGCUAAUGAUGCAAAUGCAAAUACACCAAAGAUGGGAUAUGAUUUGCAAAGUUCGCCAAUUAGGGGUUCCAACUUAUCGGCCAUUUCAUUAGGGAGAACUAGUUCUGAAAAUCCAAGAAUUUCAAAUGCUUCAUUAAGUACCAAAGCAAAAUUGGUUGAUUUUACAAGAAAAUCUAGCAUGAGAGAAUCUGCGCACGAACCUAAUAUUGACUUAGAGGGUGAAACUGCACAAAUUCAUUAUGACAAUGAUAGUGUUUAG